UAUAAAAGCAGAAGCGACAGAGACAGGUCACUGCAGACACGGCCGCUCAACAUGCUGUGGACUCUCUUGUUCAGCUGCAGCUUUUAUCUGCACAGCGCUCUGGUUUCUGCUCAAGGAAUAUCCAGAGAUGGAGAGAUUAUCAAACAGAUUAAAGGCACAAACCAGGAGCUUGCUGAAAUCAAAGAACUACUGAAACAACAGAUACAGGAAAUUGUUUUCCUGAAGAACACGGUUAUGGAAUGUGAAGCCUGUGGUAUGAGACCAGUAGAUCCACAGUCUUCAUGUGUUCCCAACCCCUGCCACCCUGGUGUUGAAUGCAUAACGACACCCAGCGGAAUGAAGUGUGGUCCGUGUCCAGAGGGCAUGACAGGAAGUGGAACUCACUGCACAGAUGUUGAUGAAUGUGCUGUAAUGCCAUGUCACAUGGGGGUGAGAUGCAUUAACACAUCACCUGGUUUCCGCUGUGGCCCCUGUCCUGCUGGGUACAUGGGCCCCCAGGUGCAGGGGGUGGGACUCGCCUAUGCAUCUGCCAAUAAACAGGUCUGCACAGACAUUAAUGAGUGUGAGAACUCAAAUGGCGGCUGCGUGGGGAACUCCAACUGUAUCAACACACCAGGCUCUUUUCGCUGUGGCCACUGCAAGGCUGGUUUUGUUGGGGAUCAGGUGAAAGGCUGCAAACCUGAGCGGUCCUGUGGUAAUGGUCAGCCCAAUCCUUGCCAUGCCAGUGCAGAAUGCAUUGUUCACCGUGAUGGACAGAUUGAAUGUGCAUGUGGAGUUGGAUGGGCUGGCAAUGGAUAUUUAUGUGGAACAGACACUGAUAUUGAUGGCUUCCCAGAUGAAAAGUUGGAAUGUGUGGAAAGAAACUGUGCAAAGGACAAUUGCCUCACUGUUCCAAACUCUGGCCAAGAGGAUGCAGACGAGGAUAACAUUGGUGAUGCAUGUGAUGAUGAUGCAGAUGGAGAUGGGAUCCUAAACACAGAGGACAACUGUGUGCUCGUACCCAACGUCGAUCAGAAAAACAUUGAUCAGGAUGAUUAUGGAGAUGCUUGUGAUAAUUGCCGUCUGGUAAAAAACAAUGACCAGAAGGACACAGAUGGUGAUGGUCAGGGUGAUGAAUGUGAUGAUGACAUUGAUGGGGAUGGAAUCAAAAACAAUAAAGAUAAUUGCAAAAAGGUGCCAAACCGCGACCAGAAAGAUAGAGACGGUGAUAAUGUUGGUGAUGCUUGUGACAGCUGUCCCUAUAUCAGCAACCCUGAUCAGACGGAUGUGGAUAAUGACUUGAUUGGUGAUCCUUGUGACACGAACAAAGAUAGUGAUGGAGAUGGGCAUCAGGACUCUCGAGACAACUGUCCUGCAGUUAUCAACAGUUCCCAGCUGGACACCGACAAGGAUGGCAUUGGAGAUGAAUGUGAUGAUGAUGAUGACAACGAUGGCAUUCCUGAUCUCCUUCCACCCGGUCCGGACAACUGCCGUCUGGUUCCAAACCCACUGCAGGAGGACUCAGAUGGUGAUGGGAUUGGCAAUGUUUGUGAGAAUGACUUUGACAAUGAUACAUAUAGCGACUUCAUCGAUGUUUGUCCUGAGAAUGCUGAGGUCACUCUCACCGACUUCAGAACCUAUCAGACUGUGGUUCUGGAUCCAGAAGGAGAUGCACAGAUCGAUCCAAACUGGGUGGUGCUCAAUCAGGGAAGAGAGAUUGUUCAGACCAUGAACAGUGAUCCUGGACUGGCUGUAGGCUACACAGCCUUCAAUGGUGUGGACUUCGAAGGGACAUUUCAUGUGAAUACUGAGACGGAUGAUGACUACGCAGGCUUUAUCUUUGGCUAUCAGGACAGCUCGAGCUUCUAUGUGGUGAUGUGGAAGCAAGUGGAGCAGAUUUACUGGCAAGCCAAUCCUUUCCGUGCUGUAGCUGAGCCUGGCAUCCAACUGAAGGCAGUGAAAUCAGACACGGGCCCUGGAGAAAACCUGCGGAAUUCACUCUGGCACACAGGGGACUCGACAAACCAGGUGAGACUCUUGUGGAAAGAUUCCAGAAAUGUUGGCUGGAAAGACAAGACCUCCUACCGCUGGUUCCUGCAGCACAGACCCCAAGAAGGCUACAUCAGGGUUCGGUUCUAUGAAGGUCAGCAGAUGGUAGCAGACACAGGAAUUAUCAUCGACACAACCAUGAGAGGAGGCAGACUGGGAGUUUUCUGCUUCUCCCAGGAGAACAUCAUCUGGGCCAACCUGCGCUACAGAUGCAAUGAUACAAUCCCUGAGGACUUUGAGACAUUCAGAAACCAGCAAAUCCAGCUUUUUUAAAGCCAAACUCAACAUCAUCACUCAAGUUCGUUUUUCUUUCUUUUUUUUUACACGAUUAAUGAAUGUGAGUUGUAUAUUUCCAUAAUGUGUGUCAUAUUUUAUACACCAUUUUUUAUACUUUGCGAACCUUAAUAAACAAGCUUUCCUCAUAACCCCCUAAUGACAGACAUUAAUUGACAACACUGCAUUAGCACUGAGGUC